UUAAAAAAUGUCCUCUAUCCUGAUUAUGAUGGCGGUGACAAGGAUUUCAACAUUUGUUGAAACUUAUCGAACGGUUCACUUAAAAUGAGGGCAUUUUGUUGUAUCUAAAUUAUGCUUCAGUAAAGUUGAUUUUUUAAAAGACAUGCACACAAAUAUAAUUUACAAAUCAUAUCAUUAGCUCGUUUAUGGUGUAGCAUUCAGUCAUUCUUAGAGUAUUCAGAGUUGUGCAAACAUCAUUAUCUAAUUCAGGAAGCUUUGCAUUACCCCAAAAAAGAACCUUUUAGCUAUUACCACUCACAGUUCCCCUAAUCCUGCUAGUCCUAAAAAACUCUAACUUACUCCUUUUCCGUAGAUUUGCUUAAUUUAAAUAUUUCAUAUAAAUGCAAUCACACAGUAUGUGGCUCAUCCACGGACGAAGGCAAAAAUGACGAUUUAAUCAGUCUAGCAUUCUCGGAGAGGGUUAUAACGCCUAGUAGAGUCCGGGGUCCUGGGUGCGCUCUGCAUUGUGGGUCCGCUUGGGGGAGAAAGUCAUUUAAGGGACCUCCUUCUACUUGCCCCAGAGUCUCACCCCUUCUGGCUCUAGACUACAGUUCCCAGAAAUCCUUGCGGCUCUAAUCAACUUCUUGCCCGAAACUGGCGACCUUUUCCUGUUUCUCAGGGAACUCCCUGGGGUUGGCCAGUACCAUGGAGGAAGAUUGUCUUCAGAGUGCAGGGCCUGCGUUCUAUGGCAGUUUCACUCUGAGCCUGUGUCUGGAUCACAGAGACGCAGAGUAGCUGUUCGGAGUGGGGAGCAGGGAUGUCCCCGAACUGUGCAGCGGCACGAACCCGAAGGACCGGGCGCCAUCUUCUCGGCGCGGUCCUACUCCGGACUGUAUUUCCCAGAGGUCCCCGCGAGUCCAAGGCAGCCGUUUCAUUUGCCUGCUGGACCCUCGGCCUCAAGGGUAGGGGAAGUGCGCGGUGAGCGGCCUGGGUCUUGCGGGCUCGGCUGGGACACGCAGAUAGUAGCUGUAGAUCCAGAAUGACCUCUGAUCUGCUCAGUCUGAGCCACAAGAAAGGCCUGGCAUCUCAUGAUUCCUUUCUUCUUCAGCUCUGCUGUCCUCAGAGAGUUACCCAGAGGAAGAAUGACUGUUGACCAAACCAAAUACAAGGAGAACAGCCUCAAGGAAAACUAACCGUCUGCAAUACUGGAAGCCAUGGCUGAGGGAUCAGUGAUGUUCAGUGAUGUGUCCAUAGACUUCUCUCAGGAGGAGUGGGACUGCCUGGACCCUGUUCAGCGGGACUUAUACAGAGAUGUGAUGUUGGAGAACUACAGCAAUCUUGUUUCAAUGGGACUUUAUACUCCUAAGCCUCAAGUGAUCUCCUUAUUGGAACAAGGGAAAGAGCCCUGGAUGGUUGGCAGAGAGCUUACAAGAGGCCUGUGUUCAGAUCUGGAAUCAAUGUGUGAAACCAAGUUAUUAUCUCUAAAGAAGGAAGUUUAUGAAAUAGAAUUAUGCCAGAGGGAGAUAAUGGGACUUACAAAGCAUGGCCUUGAGUACUCCAGUUUUGGAGAUGUUUUGGAAUAUAGAAGCCGCCUUGCAAAACAACUGGGAUAUCCAAAUGGGCAUUUCAGUCAAGAAAUAUUCACUCCUGAAUACAUGCCCACAUUUAUUCAACAGACAUUCCUUACUCUCCAGCAAAUAAUGAAUAAUGAAGACAGACCCUUUGAAUGUAAGAAAUGUGGAAAGGCCUUUAGUCAGAACUCACAAUUUAUUCAACAUCAGAGAAUUCAUAUUGGUGAAAAAUCUUAUGAAUGCAAAGAGUGUGGGAAAUUCUUUAGUUGUGGUUCACAUGUUACUCGGCAUCUGAAAAUUCAUACUGGCGAAAAACCCUUUGAAUGUAAGGAGUGUGGAAAGGCCUUCAGUUGUAGCUCAUAUCUUUCUCAACAUCAGAGAAUCCAUACCGGUAAGAAACCCUAUGAAUGUAAGGAAUGUGGGAAGGCCUUUAGUUAUUGCUCAAAUCUUAUUGACCAUCAGCGAAUUCACACCGGUGAAAAGCCUUAUGCAUGUAAGGUAUGUGGGAAAGCCUUUACUAAGAGCUCACAACUUUUUCAGCAUGUGCGAAUUCAUACAGGUGAGAAACCCUAUGAAUGUAAGGAAUGUGGCAAAGCCUUUACCCAGAGCUCAAAGCUUGUUCAACAUCAGAGAAUUCAUACUGGUGAGAAACCCUAUGAGUGCAAGGAAUGUGGCAAAGCCUUUAGUAGUGGCUCAGCACUUACUAAUCAUCAGAGAAUUCACACUGGUGAGAAACCCUAUGACUGUAAAGAAUGCGGAAAGGCUUUUACUCAGAGCUCACAGCUUCGUCAACAUCAGAGAAUUCACGCUGGUGAGAAACCCUUUGAAUGUCUUGAAUGUGGGAAGGCCUUUACUCAGAACUCACAACUUUUCCAGCAUCAGAGAAUUCAUACGGAUGAAAAACCAUAUGAAUGUAAUGAAUGCGGAAAGGCCUUUAAUAAAUGCUCAAACCUUACUCGACAUCUGAGAAUUCACACUGGUGAAAAGCCCUAUAACUGUAAGGAAUGUGGGAAAGCAUUUAGUAGUGGCUCGGAUCUCAUUCGUCAUCAGGGAAUUCAUACUAAUGAAUAAUAAAAAUGAAAGUCCCUGUCACCUUCCUCAUUUUUUAAACCAAAAAUUAUGUCUGAUAGUUACCCUCUUCCACAGUUUUUUUUAAACUUUGUAUUUAAAUUUUGUAUCCAAAUGUAUUUCACUCCAGGUUAUAAAUUCGGAGUCUAAAUUGACAUUCCCUCUCUCCUCCAGUCACAUACCAAUGCCAACUGUUCUGUAAUUCUUUGGUUCAUUGUUUUGUUCUACUUUCUUGGUGACACAUUAUACUCUUGUUUAUAUUUG